UUGACAGUCUUUGCUCUGCGCUUUCAGUGCCGCUGCCGGCCGUCUCGUCCAUCAACGUCUACGAUGAGACCCUGAGCACCAUGAGGGUCCGCUGGCAGCCGGUAGACGGAGCCAGCGGCUACAUCGUGCUCUACCGAUCCAUCAACGGCACCGAGCCUCAGCUGGACAAAGAGGUGCGCGUGCGAGCCGACGUGAGCGACAUUCAGUUGGCGCAGCUGCUCCCCAACACGGCGUAUUCCAUCUCGGUCUUGGCUCAGUACGGAGAAGCCAUCAGCCAGCCGAUGAAGUCCGUCGGAGUCACAUGUAAGUGCACGCACUCGGCACUUGGGAACUUAAUUGAUUGCAGGUGGCAGAAGGUCGCAUGUGGGAUGUGCACAUCACAAAGACGUUACUCUGGCAGUGAACUUAACACUGGCCUGGCCUGAACAGAGUCCUGACCU